CGAGAGUCGUAUACGCCGACACGCUCGCGACGCCCACUCUCGCUUUGAACCGCCGACGCUCAGCACGCGAUAGUGUUCACUUGUAAACGAGUUGCGCGCCCUUUCUCUCACGCAGUGUGAUCGUGCUUGGGUACGUGAAUGCAAAACCGGACUACACUCUUAACACGAGAUUUCGACAAGGAAUCCGCUAGGUCUGGACAUCUGUUAUUUUUUACAGCCGCCGGGACUGGAGCGCUAUUUGAGACGACCCUGCGAUACCGCGGGGACUAACUGCUCCUUUCUACACAUCUACAAACAUAGGCAAACGAAGGUAACACGGCAUGACUGCUACACACGGUGGCGGACGUGAAGACGACCGUCCGGACAAAGAUGUGUACACAUUUAAAACUGGAUUCAAGAACGACGGCUACCAGCACGAUCGCGACACGAAUGAUGAUAUUGUGAAGCCGCCCCCGCUGCCCACUGAGGAGGACACCUAUCCCACGGGAAAAGUUAAACUAUCUAGAAACGAAAAAUGGAGAAUAUUGAAAAACGUGGCGGCCGUCAGUGCUGCCUUCAUGGUGCAGUUCACUGCGUUCCAGGGUACUGCAAAUUUACAAUCUACAAUCAACGCGGCAGACGGCCUGGGAACUGUCUCUUUGAGCUCGAUAUACGCAGCGCUCGUCGUAUCUUGCAUAUUCGUACCCACGUUUCUUAUUAAGAGGCUAACGGUGAAAUGGACCCUGUGUCUGUCUAUGUUGUGCUAUGCGCCGUACAUCGGUGCGCAAUUCUAUCCCGCGUUCUACACGCUGGUACCAGCUGGAGUGAUAGUGGGCUUAGGAGCAGCGCCAAUGUGGACCGCCAAAGCUACGUAUCUGACGCAAGCAGGAAGUGUCUACGCAAAGUUAACUGAUCAGGCCGUCGACGGUAUCAUCGUGCGGUUCUUCGGGUUUUUCUUCCUUGCUUGGCAAACGGCUGAACUUUGGGGAAAUCUGAUCUCAAGUUUAGUGUUCUCAUCUGGAGUACAUAGCAGUGCGAAUGCUUCUUCAACGGAGAAUACAAGCAAGACACUGCUUUCGUGCGGCGCCAACUUCUGCAUGGUCGGAGGCGGGCAUCACGAUAAUCAGAACCUACACCGGCCGCCUGAUAGUGAGAUCUACGAGAUCAGCGCCAUCUACCUCUCUUGCGUAGUCGUUGCUGUGCUUAUGGUAGCACUCCUCGUCGACCCCCUGUCGAGGUAUGGUGAGAAACAGAGGAAGGCGGAUCCUUCUAAGGAGCUGUCAGGUAUCCAGUUGCUUUCAGCAACUGCCUAUCAGCUGAAGAAGCCAAACCAACAACUACUGAUUCCCAUCACCCUUUGGAUAGGAAUGGAACAGGCUUUCAUUGGAGCAGAUUACACACAGGCAUAUGUAUCCUGCGCGCUUGGCAUACGCUCCAUCGGCUACGUGAUGAUAUGCUUCGGUGUUGUCAACGCAAUAUGUUCCCUAGUCUUCGGUUCUGCUAUGAAGUACAUCGGGAGGUUUCCCAUCCUGAUCAUGGGUGCAGGUCUACAUCUCGGCCUAAUCGUCUGGCUGCUCAUCUGGAGACCCAACCCUGACUCACCAAGCACCUUCUUUGUGAUCUCGAGCCUGUGGGGAGUCGGUGACGCUGUUUGGCAGACCCAAGUCAACGGUCUAUAUGGUGUGUUGUUCCGACGCAACAAGGAAGCUGCUUUCUCCAACUACCGUCUGUGGGAGAGUGCAGGGUUCGUAGUCGCGUACGCUUACUCCACGCACCUAUGCGCCAAGAUGAAGCUCUAUGUCAUGAUGGUCGUCCUCCUCGUCGGUGUUGCCGGUUACAUCAUCGUUGAAAUACUACAUAAGCGAAAGGCUCGACGGCUAAAGGCGAUUGCGGAGGACCCUGCUAUAGCCGCCGAAGCAGCUAAACAGCCGCCAGAGGAGGACGAUGAAAAGGAUGAAAUCGACGACGAGAUCAUCAUCACUCACCUGUAGAGCAUUUUGAGUCGCGCAGUCUCGAUUCCAAUACACAGCUUUUGUUAAACCAAACAUAAACAUUCAACCUUUGGAGUUGGGAUUCGAUAUUAGACCAAGGGAAUUUACCAGCCCGCGUAGCCCGCGUUCGAACAACCCUAGGCCGAACGCACGCACACAUGCCAUACACCCAUUUUAUAGGUACAAGUUCACCGAGCUAGAUGAGUUAUAAUUACGAUCGUAAUCUCGAAUUUAUUUAGAAAUAUUAUUGUAACCAAUAGAUAAGUGCUUACCUUAUUAGAAUUCGAAAUAAAAAGUAAAGACUUCCAAGUACAAAUUUUAAUGGUUCAUCCAAAUGUAUUUAUUGGGACGGUAAGUUGUAUUUGUUGCGACUUCUUUCAGAUCCGCAUAAAAUUGGUUUCGAUUUUUCUUGGUUAUAAGAAAAAUACACUUUCGAACAUUAAUGCGAAUAUAAAAUGACAUGAAUUUUCAAUCUUCUUUAUUCACAAAAUCAAUGAGUACUAAUAGAGAGUACAAAAGUGUAUCAGGAAUUUGUAAAUCAUUUGAUUAAACCUCCGUUAUUUGAUCUACAAUUUUAACUCUGUACUAAAUCUUUUAUAGUAGUUUUGAGUUCUUUUGUCCGUAUAUAAUUGUAAAAUACUUUAACAACGGGAAAAGUAUACUCACUUCACAACAGGUGAUUACUUGUGACGGUAGAUCUAUGUAAUUGUUGAGUAUUACUUAUACUUACUACGUUUGACAAUAUAGUAUAUUGGGUAUGUUAUACCUCUUAUAAUUCGUAUUUUACAGCAAGUUUGAGAAACAUUUAACUUGCUGUAAAGUAGAUGUUACUUCAUUAUUUCAUAGACCAGAGUUUUAUUUUAACUCAUGAUCUUCGCUGUUGGCAAAUAAGUUUUUUUGUGUAAAGAAAUAACAAUGACAUAAUAUGGAAUUUAUUUAUUUUAUAUUUUAUUAUAGGUAAAUUGCUUAUAG